AUGAAGUUUAAUCUAAAAGAUAUUGCAUUAAACAUACAAAAGGACAAAAAAAAAGAAGAGAAAACAUUCAUAAAACAACUAAAAAAUAUAGCUCAUAAAAUAAGAAAAAAAUUUUUAAAUUUAAAAAUUUUUUUUAAAUAUGAAAAAGGAAAUAUAUUAUACUAUGAUGAAUACUCUUAUGAAAAUAAAAAAAAGGUUAACACAUUUGCACUGUUAUCUCCAAUUUUUUUAUCUUUUUGUAACAAGAUAAAACAUGUUGUUAUAACUUUAUUUAAUGAUGCUUGUUUUUUUUAUAUUAUGAAAAAGAAAAAAAAAAAAUCUAAAAAUAUAUCAAAAAAAUUAGAAAAAAAUAAAACUAUUUUAAGAAAUUUUGAUCGUUGUAUUUUUUUAAAUAAGACAAAAGACAACAUAUCACAUAAACAUAUAAUAGAAAUAUGUAAAAACUAUCUAAUAAAUAUACUUCAUGAUAUUCAAAAUUUAGAAUAUGAAAGUAAUAAUAGAAAUUAUAUGAAGGAUAAUAAAAUAAAAAAAACUAAAAGAAUGUUUAUUAAUAAAAUAAGUAAUUUAAAUGAUUUCGACUCAGAUAAUGCGUUGUAUGUAAGCGAUGAGUCCUUAAUAAAAAAAAUAAUGAUUACAAAUAAAUAUGAAAAUCAUUAUUUUUACAAUAAAAAAAAAAUAAGAGAAAAAAAAAAAUUAUAUAAAAUUAAUGUUUAUGAUGAAAAAUCAGUUAAAACAUAUUUAAUAAAAAAUAAUAUAAGUUUUAAGGAAACCGUUAAUCAAAUUUAUGCAUUUCAUAAAAAUAAAUAUCAAUUAAUAUUUCAUGUUAUAUUUAGUAGAUUUAAAAAUAUAUUUUUUCUUAUUUUUCUAAUUUUGUGCCUACUGCAGCAAAUAAGAAUUAUUAGAACAAGUAAUUAUGUAUAUUUUGUUAUUAGUUUUUACUUUUUAUUUAUCUUCUGCAUAUUAAAAGACAUUCAUCUAAUUAUACAAAAAAUAAAAAAUGAAAACAACAUAAAUAAUAAAAAUUAUAAAAGGGUAACUCAUGUUGGACUAGUAGAAGUCAAAUAUUCCAAUAUAAAAGUAGGAGAUAUCAUAUAUCUAGAAGAAAAUGAAGAAAGUCCUGUUGAUCUAAUUUUACUUAAAAGCUGUGAUAAUGAAAAAAAUAUUUUUAUUUCCUCAAAAAAUUUUGAUGGAAAUACAGAUUUAAAAUUAAAAAAAUGUUUAAAAAUAACAAGAAAUUUACCAAAUAUAUAUGAUAUUUUUAGAUUAAAAAUAAAAAUAAUAAUUGAAAAGCCACAUAUAUACUCUAAUAAAAUGAAUGGAUUAUUUAUAUUACUAAACUACUGUGAAUUUGUUCAAAAUAUUUAUAAUGAUUUAAUAUUAUUACAAAAUAUUUUUUAUAAAAAUGUUAAUAAUGAAGAGAACUAUUAUAAUGAGAUUUUUAAUUAUUUAAUUGAAGAUACAUAUAUAGAAAAUUCUUUUAAUUGUUUAAAUUUUUUGUUAAAAAAAUCUAUAUAUUUAUCAGAAUAUGAUCACAAAACAAAAAAUUCUACUAGCAUUUUAAGUGACACACCGUGUUCAGGUAAUUUAAAAAAUAUUUCAAAAAUAAAAAAUAAUAAUAAUAUCAAUAGUUACAACAAUCAUAGAAAUAGUAGUAAUUCUAAUUUUAUUAAUGAAAAAAAUUCUUCAAAUUCUUUAAAAAACAAUAAGGAUGAUAAUAUAGAAAAGAAUAAAUAUAUAACUCCUAAUAAUAACAUAUUUUUAAAAAAAAAUGUAUUAAUUAAUAGUAGUGAAAAAAUUAGAACUGAAGGUUAUUGUGAUGCCUUUUAUACUAAUAUAGAUAAUGAUAAUCUUUGUAUAAAUAAAAUUAACAAAAAUUACUUUAGUUUAAAAAAAAAAAUGAGAGAAAAUUCUUAUAUAAAAUAUAAAGAAAAUAUAAAAAUUGAAAAUAUUUUAUGGAGUAAUAGUAAGAUUAUAAAAGGAAGUAUAUAUGGAUUAGUAGCAUAUAUAGGAAUAGAUAAAAAAACAAAUAUUGUUGUUAGUAGGAAAAAUAAUAUUUCAUUAAUUGAAAAUGAAAUAGAAAGCAAAAUGAAAAUAUUAUUAAUCAUAAUAGUAGUUUUUAGUAGUUUUUUAUGCUUAAGAGAAAAACAUAUAUUAGAAAAAAACACUGUUGUUAUGUUUUUGAAUUAUUUUUUAUUACUAUUUUCAUUUAUGCCUUUUAUUAAUAAUUUUUAUAUAUAUUUAAUUAGCAAAUAUUAUUAUUUUAUGUUAAGAAAAAAUAAAAAAGUUGAUAAAUUUACAAUUUUUAAUUAUAAUAUAAUUAAUGAAUUUUCUAAUACGUAUUUUCUUUUGUGUGAUAAAACAGGAACAUUAACUAAAAAUGACUUACAAUUAUAUAAGUUUCAUUUUUUAUUUGACGAAUUUACAGUAGAAAAUAGUAGACUUUUUUUUAACAUUUUCUUAAAAAUAGUUGAUUUAAAUCUUAUUUUUAAUUCAUGCAAUAAAAUAAAGAACCAUGUAAUUUUAAAAAAUAUAGAAAAAUUUGAUAUAAGAAAUAAUAUAAAUUUAUAUAGAAAAAUAUUCAAUAAAAUAUUAAAUUAUACUAGUGAAGAAAUAAAUAAAAUAUUCUUAACAUUUUUAUGCAUAUUAUUUUGUAAUAAUACAAUAAUAACCAAUAAAAAAAAAAAAGAUAAAUGUAAUACAGAAAAGUUUUGUUCUUUCCGCUCUACGAGUGUUGAAGAAAAUGUUUUAAUUGAUUUUUUAAAAUAUAAUGGUAUGCGUAUUUUAUAUAAGGAUAACUCUAAAAUUGUAAUUGGCAUUUAUAAUUCUAUAAAUACAGAAAAAAAAAGAAAAAAACUAGAACAAGACCAUGGUAAAAUAACUAAAACAAAUCAUAAAUAUGCUGAAUGCAAAAAAUUUGUAUAUGAAAACAAGGUAUAUAAUGAAAAUAUUUUAUUGAGUAAAACAAAUAUAUACUAUAGAAAUUCCUUGAAAAAAGAUCACAGUUUUAACAAAUCAAACAGAACGUGUAAUAUUAGAAAUAUAAAACAUUAUAAAGAUGGAAAAUAUAGGAUUGAAACUUGUAGUAGUACUAGCAAUGAUAUCAAUUAUUCAAAAUAUAAAGAAAAAAAUUUUAAAAGUAAUAUAAAGAGGUAUAAUUUUGAAAUAUUAGAAUUUCUUCAGUUUGAUUCUAAUAAUAAAAUUAUGUGUACUCUAAUUUCUUAUAACAAUAAAAUAGUUAAUUUCAUAAAAGGAUCAGAUGAAUAUAUUAUUAAUAUGUUAUCUAUUAAAGAAAACAAAAAACAAAUAAAAAAGUUAUGCAAAUUUUUUUCUAGUAAUGGAUUUCGUGUACUAAUCUUUGCUUAUAAAGAAAUUUCUAGAAGCGAAUAUGAGGAUUAUAAAAAAAGUUCAAACAAUUUAAAUAAAAGUGAUUAUUUUCAAAACUCUUUUAAUAAAAAUAUAAAUAUAUUAGCAAUUAUAACUUUUAAAGAAGAAAUUCAAAAAAAUGCAAAAAUUUGUUUAGAUAUGUUUAGAAAGGCAAAUAUUAAAACAUGGAUAUUAUCAGGAGAUAAAAAAGAAAAUAUAAUAUCUAUCUCAAAUUCUUUGAAUUUAGUCAAUAAAAAUAAUUUUUUUUGCUAUUUGAACAAAAAAAAAUUAAUAAAUUUAUAUAAAUACAAAAAUAAGUCUAUAUCUAAUAUAUCUUCUAAAAAUUACUUACUUAGUGAAUGUUCUUCUUCUAAUCUUUAUAAAAACAAAUUUCAUGAUAAUUUAAUAAAAUAUUCAUUUUAUAAUAAUUGCAACAAUUAUCAAAUUAAAAAAAAAAAAACUUUAGCAUGUUCAAAUUCAUUAAAAAAUACUACUUUAAUUUCAUUAGAUAUUUCGAAUUCUAAUAAUUAUAAUUCUACAAAUAAAGACUAUAUAAAUAGUGACAAUAAUAAUAAAAAAGGAAUUGUAUAUAAUACAAGUCAGGAUGAUAAUGUUUUAAAAAGAGAACUUUCUUAUUUAUAUGAAAAUAGAAAUAAAGGUAAAAAUAUAACUGAUACUUCAAGUAAUACUAAAGAACAUGUAUUAGAUACAAAUAUAACACAUAAAUUUAUUUUAAAUGAAGAUGACAUUAGUGAUAUAUUAAAAACAAUGUUAUAUGACUACGAUAUGAAACAAACAAAAAAUAAAAAUAAAAAUGAAAAAUGUAUAAAAGAUAAAUAUGGUUAUUUUAAUGAUAUUGUGUAUGUAAUUAAUGGUGAUAUAAUAGAUUAUUAUUUAAAGUAUCAGCAAAAAGAAUUCAUGAAUGUUUUAAAAAAUUCGAAAUGUGUUUUAUUUUAUAGAUGUAGUUCUAUUCAAAAAGGAAUGAUUGUUAGAAGUUUAAAAAAAAAUACAAAAUAUAGUGUGUGUUCAAUUGGUGAUGAUGUAAAUGAUUUAAAUAUGUUUAUCGAAUCAGAUAUAUCCAUAUCAUUAUAUAAUUCAAAAAACGAUAUAUGCAAUUUAUAUGCUGAUAUAAAAUUAUCUGCAUUUGAAGAUUUGGCAACUUUAUUUUUUUUAUAUGGUAACAGAAUUUAUAGAAAUUUUAAUUUAAUUACAAGAUAUAUAUAUUAUAGAAGAAUAACCUUUUUUUUUUUACAAUUUUAUUUUUCGUACUUUUUUAACUGUAGAUUUUCCAUUUUCUCAAAUAUUUUAUUAUUAUGUUAUUUUAUAUUAUUCGCAGUUAUUACUAAUAUAUCUGUGUUAUUGUCACACAGUGAUUUAGGAGAUAAUGUAUUAAAAACUAAUAUAAUCUUUUAUAAGUUUUUAAAAAAUGACUUAUUUUCCUUAAAAAUUUUUUAUAGCAUACUAUGGGUAUCUUUAUAUCAAGCAUCUUUGAUAUUUAUUUUAAGUUACUACUUUUUUUUUGGGUUAAAUUAUGAAAUAAAUACAUUAACAAUAUUAUUUACGACUCAUUUAUUACAAUCGUUGUGUUUGUUAAACAAAUGUAGCUUAGUUGUAUUUAUAAUUCAUAUUUUAUUUUUUGUUAUUUAUUUUAUACUAUUAAUUAUCUUAAAUAAAUUUCAUUUUAUUUACUUUUUCAUGAACUUAAAGUUAUUAUUAAAUAUGUUAAUUUCUAAUAGCAUUAUUAAUUUUCCUUAUAUUAUUUAUUAUUUAUAUAAAAAAUAUAAAUACAAAGAUUCUGAAUUAAAUAGCAUGAAAUAUUUUCAAAGUUUUUCUUCUAAUUGUGAUCAAAUUUUUAACAUAGACACUUUCUCCUUUGAUAAUAUAGAUUUUAAUAUCAAGAAGGAAAAUAUAUUUAACAAAUAUUUUAAAAGAAUUUUAAACAAUUAA